AAAGUUCAAAAUCCCAGUUCUGACCUUUUCUGUCUACCCACUUCCUCCACUUCCUUCAAACCAUUUCAGAUUCCCUUCCGUUUUCCCAUUCAAAUUCCCUUCCUCACUUCCUCAUUUCCUCUUCUUCCCUAAUUAUCCCUUCACUUCCCCAUCCAAAUCCCUUCACUUCCUCUCUUUCAAACUCCCCAUAAAACAAACAAAACCUUAUUUAUCAUCUAUAUAUAUAUAUAUCAUAUAUAUUACUCAGUGAGAGAAAACAAUGAAACUCUGAAGUGAUAAAUAAGUUAAAAGUUAAAACCAGCACUUCCCUUCCCACUUCCCCUCCCACUUCCUUCACUUCCCCUUCCCUUUUUCCCUCUUUCUCUCUCUAAAUUUCUAGUGAGAGAAAGCUCUAUAUAUAUAUAUAUACAUAGAGAGAGAAAGAGAGAAAGAGAGAGAGAGAGAGAGAGAUGGGUUUCAAGAAUCUUGAAACCCUACUACUCUUCUUCAUCACUGCGCUUGGAUUUCUCAGCUCCAUCUCCAUUGCCGCCGAUCUCUACAGCUUGAUCUACAAGGGCUGUGCUAAUGGCUCACUAGGUGGCGGCGCCGCCACCCAACAAGCCAUCGCUAGUAUCUCCUCAUCCCUCAUCACCCAAUCCUCAAACUCUAAGUUUUACAAGACCUCCACCUCCUCCUCCGGCCAAUCCCUUUCCGGUCUCUACCAAUGCCGUGGCGACCUCUCCGGCACUGACUGCGCCGCUUGCAUCAAUCGUGUGAUUCCGAUGUGGUCGUCUCUUUGUGGUCCCAUGGCUGCCGCCGCUCGCGUGCAGCUCAAUGGGUGCUAUGCGCUUUACCAAGCUGCUGGUUUUCCUCAGGUCGCCGGCACUCAGCUGCUUUUCAAGACUUGUGGGAGUGGUGGUGGUGGGAAUGGGUUUGAGGAGAGGAGAGAUACGGCGUUCUCGAAUCUUCAGAAUGGGUUGUCGGGGAGCGGCGGGGCUGGGUUCUAUGCGACGAGCUACCAGUCAGUGUACGCCAUGGCGCAGUGUGAGGGGGAUUUGUCGGCUGGGGACUGUGGGGAGUGCGUUGCUGAGGCUGUGCAGAAGGCUGAGGUCGAGUGUGGUGGUGCUGCUUCUGGCCAGGUUUAUCUCGAUAAAUGCUACAUUAGCUACAAUUACUACGCGGAUGGCGUCCCCCGUGGCGGGGGCGGCGGUGGAGGUGGUGGUGGAGGUGGGAUUGGAGGGCAACAAACGGGGAAGACGGUGGCCAUUGUUGUUGGAGGUGCAGCUGGGCUAGGGUUUGUAGUGAUUUGCUUGCUGUUUGCUAGGUCUUUAAGAAAAGGCAAAGAUGAUUAUUAAAGGUUGUUGGUGAAUUAAUUGCUGGAAAGCUACAAAAUAGAGAGAGAAAGAGAGAGAGAGCUGGACUGUAUUUUGGACAUGGAUGGAGAUGGAGAAUGGUUUUUGGCUUUGUUCUUUUGGCCAUGUGGUUGCCAUCCACUCAAGAGAGAAAAUAAUAAUAAUAAUAAUAAUAUUAGUUCAUACCAUUGGUCCCACUGCUAAGAGAUGCUCUCUGUUCCCAGUUCUCUCUUAUCUCUGUCUCUCUUUUUUUCUCCAAUCUGUCCACAGAGAUGAGUACAAGAAUUGCAAUGCAAGAGGUACAACUUCACUUUAAUUUUGCAAACACCACCAUAAUUGUUUAGCCUAAUCUCUUUGUUUUACAUACUUAAUUGUGGUUACUUUGUUAGCUCAAACUCAGUGUUUUUUUGUUACUGUUCAUCAGUGUUUAUUUUAUUCUGGAGAAUUCUUUGAGUUUUGCUGA